AGAGAGGGAGGGAAGGGCAGAGUGGCGUAAGCCAAUCCAGAAAGCAAGAGAUAACUUGCGAACUCCCCGAUUCCUAUUUCCCCUCUUCUUCUCUUUUCUUUAUAUAAAUAUAUCAUAAUUAUAUUUUCUAGUAGUACGAGAAACUGAAUACAAAAAAUAUAGAGCCACUCAACUCAAUACAACAAGACUUACUCACUAGCUGUUUCAAUCGGAUUUGAAUGGUGGGAAACUCAAGUCACUAAUGGACUAAUGGGUGCUCAGAAAAGCAUUCAUGCUGGCAAAGCUAAAAUAGAUGUCAAUGUAGAUUUUACCCAUAAAUUAUGUGCUGCUUUGAUGCUCCAACCUUUCAGGAAUUCCGGCAGCCCCCUUGAAUUAGUAAUUGGCAGUCUUUGCAUAAAACACCCAAAUUUAUUUGGCAAGAGCGAGAAGCUAGAUGUUUUGUGGGAUAAAGGACUCUAUGAUUCCAAUAUCUUAAUAACAUAUCGGAAGCCAAGACCAGAAUGGCUUCCUCAACAGUCUUUCAUCAUUCAGCAUUCCAUUUCUCCCGAGAUUGGGGUCCAUGGCUUACCAGUUGACAACUUCUCUCGCUCUGGAAGUGGUGGAGUUAACUUAUGUCGCUUCUCUGCUGGCUUAGAUUUGAGCGAGCCUGCAAGUUCCAACUGGAGCAGCAAGACAAGUGUAAAAUUUGAGCAUAUUAGUCCUGUAAGCGAUGAGGGUCGCUCAAUAAACAGAGAUCUUCAUGGGUUUCCAGUGACUUGCAGUGGUGGCUAUCAUGAUAGUAUGGUAGUAGUUAAACAAGAGUCUCGAUAUGCAAAAGCAAAUGAUCGUAGUUUUACUCAAUUUAGCCUACAAAUAGAACAAGGGAUUCCUAUUCUUUCCAAGUGGCUGAUCUUCAACCGAUUCAAGUUUGCUGCAUCAAGGGGACUAAAGCUUGGGCCAGCUUUUCUCUUGACAAGCCUCACAGGUGGUUCUAUCGUGGGGGAUAUAGCUCCUUAUCAAGCUUUUGCAAUUGGUGGGCUUGGCAGUGUCCGAGGGUAUGGUGAAGGAGCUGUUGGUUGUGCUAGAUCUUGUCUGGUUGCUAACAAUGAACUGACGUUUCCUUUGAACCCGAUGCUUGAUGGUGCAGUCUUCUUGGAUUGUGGAUCUGAUUUGGGCUCAGGUCGUCAUGUGCCUGGGAAUCCCGCUCUUAGGCAUGGCAAACCAGGAAUUGGAGUUGGUCUUGGAUAUGGUCUUAGAUUCAAGUCUCAGUUGGGACAUUUCCAGGUGGACUAUGCAGUCAAUGCAUUUCAACAACGGACUGUGUACUUUGGCUUCAGUAACCUCCCCUCUUGAGAGUUCACCACAGCACUUGCAAAAGUAGCAAAAUUUAUGAUCAGUGUUUCAUCUGUAGAGAAAAUUUCUGAGGAUACCUCUAAGGGAUCGGAUUUUGGGCUCUGAGUAGUAGCCUGUCCCUUAUUAGAAACAAAGGCUGCUCUCUUGCAGAGACAACACUGAAGAUUUUUCUCAUUGAGCAAAUUGGUGCAGAGAAGUGGUUCCAUUUUCACCCUACCGCUUCAAAGAUCAGAUAGAAAAUUGUAAAUUCUUUACCGCGACCAUCAGGAAGUGAGUCUUCAUGUCAAAGUUAGUAAUCUGCUAUAAGACAAUGUAGACGUUCAGUUUCCUUUUUUUCUUUUACAAAUAUAGAAUUUGUUAGCUGAUUUCAUUCUUGAAUUGGAAUUACAUAUUAUGUGAAUGUGAUUUACUGGUUUCGCACA